AUGUCAGGACUAAGAACUGUGUCUGCGAAUGGCAGCAUGAACAAGAACUAUGAUUCUGUGAUGAAGAUUUUGCUUCUCGGGGACUCUGGUGUGGGUAAGUCGUGUCUUUUGGUGCGUUUUGUGGAAGACAAGUUUACUCCAACGUUUAUUACUACGAUUGGUAUUGAUUUCAAGAUCAAGACUGUGGAUAUCAAUGGGAAGCGUGUGAAGUUGCAGCUUUGGGAUACUGCUGGGCAGGAGCGGUUCAGGACCAUCACUACUGCGUACUACCGGGGUGCGAUGGGGAUUGUGUUGAUUUACGAUGUGACGGAUGAGAGAACGUUUGAGAACAUCAGACAGUGGUUUUCUACUGUUAACCAGCAUGCUAGCGAGGAUGUGGUGAUGCUGCUAGUGGGGAACAAGAAGGACAUGGAUACGAGAACUGUGUCAUACGAACAAGGGGAAGCAUUGGCGAAGGAGUUGGGAAUUCCAUUCAUUGAGGCCAGUGCCAAGGACGAUACAAACGUGAGCGAGAUCUUCUUCACUUUGGCUAAGUUGAUCCAGGAUAAGAUCGACGAUGGUAAGAUGGAGGGGAAGGCAGACAAGGAGGGCAGUGUGAGUAUCCGUGGCUCUGGAGCAUCGGGAUCCAAGGCCAACUGUUGUUAA